UGUUUUCCCUGCCCUGUUGCUCCUGCCAACCUCUGGUGCCACGCUUGGCUCCCCGUGCAGACAGACCCCUGUGGGCGGCGCUUGUCUCAAGUUGGGCGGUGCUGCCGACCGGGAAGUUCAGGUUCUGGACUGGGGACAUCCCCUUCCCGCACUUCCCUGUCCUCUCCGGCCAGGGACCCAAGUAGCCAGAGGGUGCGGGAGCUGCUGCUGGAGGUCUCCCAGGUCAAAUCUGGGAGGAUGCUACCUACCCUUUGGAACUUCUGGACUGUGGUGGCCAUGAUAGGCCUCUUGAAGGAAGGCUGUUCUGCUCCAGAGCCCCUGUCAUGUGCUGCUGCUGGUGUAUGUGAUGGCCGUUCUAGGUCUUUCACGUCUAUACCCUCAGGACUCACAGCAGCUGUGAAGAGCCUUGACCUGUCUGACAACAAGAUCACCUACAUUGGCCAUGGUGACCUGCGAGGGUGUGUGAACCUCCAGACUCUGAUGCUGGAGUCCAGUGGAAUCAACACAAUAGAGGACGCCGCCUUUGAUUCCCUGGGCAGUCUUGAACACUUGGACUUGUCCAAUAAUCACUUAACUAACUUGUCUUCCUCCUGGUUCAGGCCCCUUUCCUCUUUGAAAUACUUAAACUUAAUGGGAAAUCCUUACAGGACACUGGGCGAAACGUCACUGUUUUCCAAGCUCACAAAUUUACAAACCCUCAGGGUAGGAAAUACUGUCGCCUUCAGUGGGAUCAGGAGAAUAGAUUUUGUUGGGUUGACUUCUCUUGAUGAACUUGAAGUUAAAGCACCAGGUCUCCAGAGCUAUGAGCCCAACAGUCUAAGGUCGAUUCAAGACCUCCGUCACCUGACCCUCCACCUGAGGGAGCAUGCUUUCCUGCUGCAGGUUUUGGCUGAUAUUCUGAGUUCUGUGACAUAUUUGGAAGUGAGAGACACUAGCUUGAACAGCUUCCACUUUUCAGAACUGUCUGUAGAUGAAACCACGUCCCCGAUGAAAAAGCUAGCAUUCCGAAAUGCGGCUCUCACUGACAAAAGUUUUAAUGAACUUCUGAAGCUGCUGCCUUACACUCCGGAACUGUCGGAGGUAGAAUUUGACGACUGCACCCUCAAUGGAGUUGGGGAUUUCCACCCAUCGGAGUCAGACGUGGUGAGGGAGCUAGGUAAAGUGCAAACGGUAACGAUAAGGAGGUUGCACAUCCCUAAUUUCUACUUAUUUUAUGAUCUGAGCACUGUAUAUUCCCUCCUGAAGAAAGUUAAGCGAAUCACAGUAGAAAACAGUAAGGUUUUUCUGGUUCCUUGUUUGUUUUCCCAGCAUUUGAAAUCAUUAGAAUUCUUGGACCUCAGUGAAAAUUUGAUGGUUGAAGAAUAUUUGAAAAACUCAGCCUGUGAGGAUGCCUGGCCUGCUCUGCAAACCUUAGUUUUGAGCCAGAAUCACUUGAGAUCAAUAGAAAAAACAGGCGAGAUUUUGUUGACUCUGAAAAACCUGACAGCGCUGGAUAUUAGCAGGAACAGUUUUCAUCAUAUGCCGGACACUUGUCAGUGGCCACCGAAGAUGCGUUUCCUGAACUUGUCUAGUGCAAGGAUACAGGUCAUAAAAGCAUGCAUUCCCCAGACACUGGAGGUGCUGGACGUUAGUAACAACAAUCUCGAUUCGUUUUCUUUGUAUUUGCCUCGGCUCCAAGAGCUCUAUAUUUCUAGAAAUAAGCUGAAGACGCUCCCGGAUGCCUCCUUGUUCCCUGUGUUACUGGUCAUGAAGAUCAGAGAGAACGCAAUAAGCACUUUCUCUAAAGACCAACUUGAUUCUUUCCCCAAACUGGGGACUCUGGAAGCAGGAGACAACCACUUCGUCUGCUCCUGCGAGUUUCUGUCCUUCACACUGGAGAGGCCAGCUGUGGCCCAGGUCUUGGUUGACUGGCCAGACAGCUACCUGUGUGACUCUCCUCCCCGCCUGCAAGGCCAGAGGGUUCAGGACGCCCGGCCUUCAGUCUUGGAGUGCCACCAGGCUGCCGUAGUGUGUGGCAUCUGCCUCGCCCUUCUCGUGUUGAUCCUGCUCGUGUGUGGCCUGUGCCACCAUUUCCAUGGGCUAUGGUACCUGCGAAUGAUGUGGGCGUGGCUUCAGGCCAAGAGGAAGCCCAAGAGAGCUCCUUGCAGGGACGUUUGCUAUGACGCCUUUGUUUCCUACAGCGAGCAGGAUUCCUACUGGGUGGAGAACCUCAUGGUCCAGCAGCUGGAAAACUCUGACCCGCCCUUCAAGCUGUGUCUCCACAAGCGGGACUUCGUUCCUGGUAAGUGGAUCAUCGACAACAUCAUCGACUCCAUCGAAAAGAGCCACAAAACCGUGUUCGUGCUUUCUGAGAACUUCGUCCGGAGCGAGUGGUGCAAGUACGAACUGGACUUCUCCCACUUCAGGCUCUUCGAUGAGAGCAACGAUGCGGCCAUCCUGGUUUUGCUGGAGCGCAUUGAGAAAAAAGCCGUCCCCCAGCGCUUCUGCAAACUGCGCAAGAUAAUGAACACCAAGACCUACCUGGAGUGGCCCUUGGAUGAAGCCCAGCAGGAGAUGUUUUGGGCAAAUCUGAGAACUGCAAUAAAGUCCUAGGUUCUCCACCC